AUGUUCGGCCCUCAAAAUGAGGGUCUCCGAGUCUGGGCUGCCUGCUUGACUACCGGUCUUUUUGGUGCACGGCUGUCAGUGCACCCUCGUAUCUGGGACCAAGUUACGUCCAAAGAGACAGAGCAAACUGUGUGGUUCAAUUGGCUGGAGAUCGACCGUGAGUGCGGGAAGCUCCAUGAAGAGCCAGGCUUCCCGCCCUGCUCUCUCCACCCGCUCAUAUCACUGCCAAUGGAAGAACUAUCCGCGAAGCACGAUAAGAAAUGCUUUGUGAGCAAGCCUCGAAUUCAACGCGGGAAAAUUGACCUGUGGAGUUGA